ACACGGAGAGUCGAAAGUUUUCUCAUCUGGAGACCACGCGGGAUGGAGAUGAAAUUUUAAAAAAGCAUCAUUUAAUAAGGCAAGUGAGGGCAUUUGUACAUUAGGCCCUCCCAUUAAGGAGGACGUUCACGCUGAGAGAAUAAUAAAAAAAUGCUUCUGUAAAUAGAAAGGAGAUUUAUGCGGUGAUGAACGUCUCGGGGCUUAACGAGCCGUACUGCGGCUCGGCGUUCGCUGAGAUCAACGCGUUUUACCGCCCUGUGCAUGGUUACGUGAGCCUCAUCGUCUGUAUAUUUGGAUGUGUGGCCAACCUGCUCAACAUCGUGGUUCUUACGAGAAGAGAGAUGUCGUCUCCGACUAACGCGAUUUUAACCGGCCUCGCCGUCGCCGACCUUCUAGUCAUGCUGGAGUACAUACCGUUCACGUGGCACAUGUACUUGAGGAAAAGCAGACACACGCAUUACACGUACGGGUGGGGCGUUUUCGUUCUGGCGCACUCCCAUUUCGCUCAAGUGUGCCACACGAUAUCCAUCUGGCUGACUGUUACCCUGGCCGUGUGGAGGUACAUAGCCGUAGCUUAUCCCCAGAGGAACCGCGACUGGUGCGGGAUGCAGAGGACCGUGAUGGCCAUCGCUUUCGGAUACAUCAUCAGCCCGAUUCUAAACAUACCCUUGUUCUUGGCUUUCGACAUUCAGCCAAGGGUGAUCAGAGUCAACGAAUACGGUAUGACGCAGACGAAAAACAGUUCGAACGUCCACAACCAAACGAUAUACGUGGUAAACGUGAGCGAGCUCGGUGCUGCGAACGAUAACUUACUUGCAGACAUAAAUUUUUGGGUGUACAGCGUAGUCAUAAAAAUAAUACCGUGCAUAGCAUUGACAACGUUAAGCGGGGGUCUCAUAUGCGCUCUAAUGGAAGCGAAAAGACGAAGAGACGCCUUGACCUCCGGUUCGCGCAAAACACCUAGAAACAUCGAGAACGAAAGGCAAACCGACCGAACGACGAGAAUGCUCCUUGCUGUCUUACUACUUUUUCUCAUAACGGAACUUCCCCAGGGGAUCCUCGGCCUAAUGAGCAUCCUUCUGGGAAAGCGGUUUUUCGAAGAGUGCUACAACAAGCUCGGCGACAUGAUGGACAUCCUCGCCCUCAUCAACUCGGCCAUCAACUUCAUGAUCUACUGCGCCAUGAGCCGACAGUUCAGGACCACUUUCAGCCUGCUUUUCCGUCCGAGGUGGCUUCCGGUACCACAGGUCGACAACGGCAACAAUCACAAUCACACGACAACAAUGGUCACCCAAGUCUAGCGAAAGGGGUCGAGGAGGCCCAUUACCCAUAUCUAAAUAUAGCCUCCCGUUCAGCAAGGGGUCCGGAUUAUCCGCUAAAUCCAUCUUAAUAGAAUCCACCGAGUGAUAUCGGGCCGGACUGACAAUGAGCCGAAUCCACCAGGCGGCCCGUGAUUAGGUCUCUCGUGAAGUCCACUCGGCCUAAAACACAUCUCAAACCCGACUCUAAACGACAACGCAAAUCUACAAAUGUCCGAUUCGAAUUCUGGAAUAUAUUUGAAACGAAUAGCCUUCGAACAUUGUUUAAUUUCUGCCUACUUUGUUACCAUAGUGUCGUCAAUCGUUACCUAAUGCGAGGCUGUGGUUUUCAUGUUAAUCGAUGUCGAGUAAUGUAUCAGUUGUAAAUAAUAACACUUUGUCGCAUUACGAUAGUAUUAAAUAGCCACGCUGUAAAUAUCGCUCUAGGUGUCUUCUAUACGUGCUAUAUUUAUCGGUUGUAUUAAUAGUAGCAUAUUUUUAUAAGUAGUGUAUUUAAUGAUAGGACAAAGGCCGUGGUGUAUACCAUUUGAGCCCAUGGUAGCCACCACCGUCUAUAGAAUAAACCAUUACAAAAAUGUAUGUGAUUGAUUAUUGUAAUAAAUCUAGAUUUAUCAUGUUGUA